AUGGGCCAAAUCCUGUCGAAUCCGAUCAUCGACAAGGAAACAGACGCUGGCAAAGACGUGCUGACCGCGUUUGGACUGUGCGCGAUGCAGGGGUGGCGGAUGUCAAUGGAGGACUCUCAUGUGUGCGCGACCAAUGUGGGGUCUGCACACAGUGAGCACAGCCAUGUAGCAUACUACGCGGUGUUCGACGGCCACGGGGGGUCUUCCGUGGCCCAGUUCUGCGGUGUCAAGGCGGCUAAGGUGCUGCAGGACCAGCCCUCGUUCCAACAAGGCCGGUACGCCCAGGCUCUCGUAGAUGCGUUUAUCGCGUCAGAUCGCGAUAUUCUGCGCGAUCCACUGCUCAGAAACGACCACAGCGGCUGCACUGCCACCGCGAUGCUAGUAUCCAAGGAACAGCAACAGCUGUUCUGUGGCAACGCAGGCGACAGCCGAACAGUGCUGUCGCGCAGUGCGAUCGCCAAAGCGCUCUCAUACGACCAUAAGCCCACGCUCGUGGGUGAAAAAUCUCGAAUCGUGGCCGCAGACGGUUUCGUCGAGAUGGACCGUGUCAACGGUAACCUGGCACUCAGUCGUGCCAUUGGCGAUUUUGAGUUCAAGUCCAACCCGAACCUGCCACCACACGCGCAGAUCGUCACGUGCGUGCCGGACGUGGUAGAACAUUCGAUAGACUACGAGCAGGACGAAUUUGUGAUCCUGGCUUGUGACGGUAUCUGGGACUGUUUGUCCUCGCAAGAGUGUGUGGAUCUGGUGCACUACGGUAUCAACAAGGGCGACAUGGCGCUGGAACAGAUCUCGUCGCGUAUCGUCGACGUGUGUUGUUCUCCUACUACAGAGGGCACCGGCAUUGGCUGCGACAACAUGAGUAUCGUGAUCGUGGCCCUGUUGAAAGACGAGGAAUCGCUAGAAGAGUGGUUCUCACGCAUCAGGAGCAAAAACCACGUCGCAAACGUGUCCUUCGAAGAAAGAAGACGCGCCGUUUUCUCCUUUUAUGAUUUCCCCAAGAACGAUGCAGAGGUUUUUGCCGUCUCCACCAAAAAAGUGGAAGAGCACGGCAACAGCUAUUCCUCUAAUGACGACGAAGACACGGAAAUGGAACGCAACGAGGCCCCAUCAGGUCGCUCUCAGAUGGACAUGUUUUCUUUAGAGACUCUUUUGGGGGCCAACGGCAUCCAGGUAUCGCAAGGAGGCAACAACGUUUCGUAUAUCCAUGGAUCCGCGCUUUCGGAAGUGUUGGCGUCGCUCGGGGGCGGCAAUGGAGUUACUCAAGCCAUUGAUGAAGAAAAUGAAUCCGACGAAAACAAGGAAAAACUUGAGGAGAUAAAGGAUUGA